UGAGACCGGGCUUCGGAAACCCUUUUCACGAAGAUGGCGCCGAAAGCUAAGAAGGAAGCCCCUGCCCCUCCCAAAGCCGAGGCCAAGGCAAAAGCUUUGAAGGCCAAGAAAGCAGUGCUGAAAGGCGUCCACAGCCAUAAGAAAAAGAAGAUCCGCACUUCACCCACUUUUCGGAGGCCCAAGACAUUGCGACUCCGAAGGCAACCCAAAUAUCCGCGGAAGAGCGCUCCCAGGAGAAACAAGUUAGUACUGCCCCAUACCCUUGAAAAGGUUCGCUAAUUGUAGUGUGAGGUU